UUCCUGAAAGUAGAAACAGAUGAAGAGCAAGAAAAACAGCACCAAUCUGAUAAGAAUUAAAACUGCUGUCACAUCAGGGUUUUUGAGCUCUUAAAAUAGUGGCACAUUAGUCGGAGAUGUUGCAAAUGCUGUUCAUCUUGACUGUCAUUAUGAUGACAAACAGUGAGCUUUUAUUCCUUGAUGUACCAACUGACUUUUCCAUCGAAGCAGGAGACAACAUCACCGGAGAGGACGGUUUGUGCGUCAGAGUGUACUGUGUUUUCACUGUCCCUAAAAGUGUCUCAGAUCCCAUUAGAAGAACCUGGUUCAAAGUAGAUCCACAAAACUCAUCUGCUGAAGUUUAUAAUUUUAACAGUAAUACUGUAUUUCCUCAAAAUCAGAAAGAGUGCAGCUUCGGGCUAAACCAGUUGGUUCAGGGCAAAUCUGAUGGUGAAUACAGAUUAAAACUGGAGUGGGGAGAAGGAAACGUGUAUAGCUUUCCUCAGACAGUACAUAUUACUGUUAAAGAGCUGACCCAGAAACCAACAAUAAACGUCCCACUGCUCACAGCUGGAGAGAAGGCGGAUAUAUCAUGUAAAGUUCCAGGGGACUGCUUAAAACCCUCCGCAGAUAUUGUUUGGACCGGCAUUAGGCCUAAUGAAACUAGACUUCAAGGUCGUGGAGUGCCUGGCAAGAAUGAGGAAUUUUCUAUAAUGACUUUUUAUCCUAAGCCUGAACAUCACAAUACUAAGCUCACCUGCACAGUGACACUUCAAGGACGUAUUCAGACUGAAAGUACUGCCAUCCUCAAAGUAAGACAUUCCCCGGUAAUCCUGAACAGCUCUCGUUGUUUCGUGUGGGGUGAUGAACUGAGCUGCAUGUGUGUCAGCAGUGGUUUACCGUUACCCAAGAUAUCCUGGCCAAAACUGAACAGUACCACUAAACACUGCAGUGCCGUUUCAACAGAGAACAUCAUCAGCAUUAGCCACAUCUCUAUUGCUGGGUUUAGUGAACUCGGCGCUACCGUUGAAUGUGUCAGUAAGAAUCUCAUUGGUACGACAAAGAUGGAAAUCCAAGUGCAACAUCAUGCUGAAAACCCCCAAGAAAUAGGUUUCAGUUUGUCAACCCCUUGGAUAUUAUUUACCCUUUCGUUUGUUCUAAAUGUCAUCUUUGCUUCCUGUUUGAUCGUUGUACGGAGGAGAGAAAAAUAUAUGAAACCAGUAGAUGACAACCAUGUCUACAUGACUGCAAUGAAGAGAGAGGAAUCUGUAUAUGAGACUAUCAAAACGCAGUGAGAGAGAUGUAUAUGACUCUAAAGAUGAACACAAAAAUCAUCAUUAAUUCCCUCAUCUCUCACCCUCAUGACUUCCCAGAUGUACUGUAUGGCUUUCUUUAGCUGAAAACGGUGUGCACGUAAUGUCACCUGCUUGUGAAGCAUGUCUGUGCCUUUCACAAAAAGUGAACGGACCCUGUUUGUUCGUCAAGUGAAUUCACAGUUGACUGGAACUGAUGGUUUAUAAUUUAAAAAUGUAUUAUAUAUAUUAAUAUAAUAUAGAAAUAUUAGUAUUGUUCUCGCUCCUCUAUCAUUUCUCUUCAGAAGACACUGAAUCUUCAACAGGAAUCCUUCAUAUGGAUUACCGUUGUGUACAUUUUGAAUGGUUUCUGAAGCUUUAAAGGGUUAGUUUACCCAAAAAUGAAAAUUAGCCCCUCAUUAACUUACCCUCAAGGCUUCCUUGGUGUAUAUGACUUACUUUUUUCAGACGAUUGCAAUCAGAGAUUAAUGUCCUGGCUCUUUCAAGCUUUAUAAUGGCAGUGGGUGGGUGUUUUAGAGGCGGCAAUGAAGUCGACCGGAAGUUGUAGUCGACCGCGUGCCACCAUCCUCUAGCAGAACUUCACUUGCGUUAGCAUCCCAUUGACUCCCAUUCAUUUUGGCGUCACUUUGACAGCGAAUAACUUUACAUCUGAGGCGUUUAAAGACUCUUUUUGUCCAUUAUUUAUUUCUAAAGAUACACGACAAUGUAUAAAGGGCUCCAUUACCUUCUAUGUUACAUUAUGGCCCCGUAGAAACAGUUUUUGUAAAAAUAGGGUAACGAUUGCGUCAUAACCACUCGACUCUCUGUCGCACGGUAGAGAAAUUACCGUACAGACAGGAGGAGAAGCUCGCAGGAAAUAAACUUAAUAUGGCGUACUGGCGUUACAUUUUAAAAUACUAUACAAAAUAAUUAAUCAGAAUACUUACUCCUGCUCCAUCACGCCAAAGAACUCCCCGCUCAAGCUCGCCGUCUCUGCAAGAUUAACGAUGGCAGUUUUAGGUUCAUACCACCACCUGCUGUACAGGAGUGUGCAACAUUAUGUCAUUUAGAGUGUUUUCAUAUUCUGGGUCAACAGUCCAAAAGAAGUCCAAUAAAGUGCAUCUGUUUAUAAUAAAUUAAGUGCCACACCUGACCUGUAGCAAAUAGAUGCGUUUUUGUAAGAAAUAUAUCCAUAUUUAAAACAUUAGAAAGCAUGCAGAGAAAGCAUGGAAGUUUCUCUAACUUCCACUAACUGUUGUUCGCGCAAGCAGUUCUGGAUGGAUGACGUAAGACUGAGCGGUCUCCGGUCUCUCUCAAGAAACCAACAUGGAAGUGACUAACACUGCAAUUCUUUGAAUCGCCGCUAAGGGUUGGCUCCAAAAGUGGGUCAUGCCAAUAGACUCCCCAUGUCAAAAUGCCCAACAAAAUAUUUUUACAGCCUGGUAAAAAAAAAGGGUUUCUGAUCUAUAUAGCUAAUUUUGCCCUUCCUGACAACUGUGAGGGGAGAGAAUUUUUUUUAUAACUCAUCUGUUUUAAUUAUAUUGAGCCUUAAAGUUCUGCAUAAUUAAGGGUGUGGCCACUUGUGUGACAGGUGGAUCGUCGCUGCCGACAUCACUGUCGAGCUAGGUGGGUGUGGUUUCAGUAACCACCUCCCGCCUCUUUGCCCAUUUUCGAUUAUCCGGAAUUAACGCGCUCCCAAGAUGGCGACAGCUGACUCCACAAGGAUUUGUAAAGAAAAAAGUCUGAGGAUUUCAAUAUAAGCCAAGAGGAGACAUUGCUUCCUUUGCUCCUGUUAACAAACAUUGGUUCUCGCGAGACUAGCAUAUACAUCAUCUGCCCGAAAUGUCUUGUGUGUACGACAGUUAGCGGAAUUUAGAGAACACAGUUUCUAACAUUUUACUUAUGGAUAUUUUUCUUACAAAAACACACCUAUUUGCUACAGGAGGCCUUUAUUCAGCCCCCAGAGCCGUGUGCCACUAUUUAGUAUGGAUUGGUGCACUUCAUUGGACUUCUUUAUGGACUGUCAAAUGAAAACACCCAUUCACUGCCAUUACAAAGCUUGGAAGACCCAGGACAAUUUUUUACAUAACUUCGACUGGAUUCGUCUGAAAGAAGAAAGUAAUAUAGACCUAGGAUGCCUUAAGCAUGAGUAAAUCAUGGGCUAAUUUUCAUUUUUGGUUAAACAAACACUUUGAGGGAUCUGUCAACUUGCAUUAUGAUGCACACAGUAUAUUUUUAUGAAAAUGUUUGUCUGUUUUUUUAUUCCUAAAAAUGCUUUUUCUGUAUAAAUAUUCUGGUAAAGCAGUUUCUCCAAGAACAUGUACGAAUAAACCAAAUAAACAGUUUAUCAUUUCGUUUACUUUAUUUGUUGUUUUUAUUUGAGGCUGAAGACUUUUAU